AUCAGAAUUAGAGACCCUAACCAAGGCGGUCGAGACAUCACAGAAGAGAUUAUGUCAGGGGGCCGUAGUGGCUCUACACCAACACCACCACAUACAGCCAUAUCUGGAUCAGAGAGUCCAGCGCUGCCCCAGGCUAACGGUGAGAGCAUCACAGCUGCUGCUACACCAGUAAUGGUUAGACCCGAUGACAAAGAGAAGCAAACGCCUCCUCUGUCACAGACCCCUGAGCCUGCUAAGACUGAUCCCUCAGAGUCCACCUCCGUUGACGCCAACACAAACGUACCUGAUCUCCCUCUACUGUCAGAAUCAAAGAAGGCUUCUCUUGACGCUAUUUCCACGCUUGCCCCCAGUGCUCCUGUUGCAGAUGUGAUGGAUGCUCCCUUGCCUCCAAGGGAAUCUGCACCAACCCCUCAAUCAGGACCUGAAGUACCUGCCUACCCUGCACCCCUCCCUGACCCUUUUCCUACGUCUUCUGCACAGAACAAAAUGGACAUGUUGGUCAAUGAGGCGACAGAGGAGGUGGUGACAAAGGAAGAUGCUACAGUGGAAGAGACAGAUGCUUUAGACCCAUCCACUGCUCAGCCCUCCAACACUAAUGGUGUGGGUGGGGUAGAGCUAGAGAGGCCAUUGGUCAUGUUGCCACCCUGUCACUUGGACGACCCGCUAGAGUCUCCCAUUGCACAGCCAGAGGAGCUGUGUCUGCGCAACGGCCUCCCACUCCCAGCUCCCCGGGACCCCGAUGCUCCUGUGAUCGGCACGUCGGAACAAGACGACAGCCCCAUAGCUGAGCCGGAUGUCAGUCAGACCUCUGUUACUGAAGUGGCCAAACAAAUAGUCACAAACCCGACUGAACCUACUGACCAGUCAGGACCUGCACACAUUGUUGAGGACUUUCCAGUUAAAGCGGUUGUCCAGGCAGAACCUGCUCAGCCUGAGGCACAAGAUACACUUCCUAAGGCUGUCCUGGAUGUUAAAGACAACGACCCAGUGCCCCAGUCUGACACCAGGGAAGAGACAUCAUCUCUCGCAGGACCUGUUUCCACAGCUGACAGCACGCCAGAGCCCAUGCCUGCGCCUCCCACUUCCACUGCAGAGGACACUCCAUCUACACAAACUGUCACCCCUACACAUGUAGAAACUAAUAUGCAAGCUGCUGUGUCUGUGCCAAAGAAGAAAAGGAAGAUGAAGGAUCUGAACAAAAAGGAGGCCGUGGGAGACCUCUUGGAUGCCUUUAAAGAGGAGCAGGUAGUUGUGCAGCCUGAGCCCGAGCCAGCUCCGGCACCAGAGUCAAAGCCCCCUGCUGCUUCCUCUCCUGCUCCAGAGGAGGCAGACCUGACCUGGGAGGAUAAGGAGGACAAACUGGAUGCGGAGAAUAUUCAACCUGAUCCUCAGAAGCCAAAUGCCACCGACAAAAAGUACCAGUACAAGGAAGACCAAUGGAAGCCAAUCAACACAGAAGAGAAGAAGAAAUAUGACCGAGAGUUCCUCCUGGAAUUUCAGUUCAUCUCAGCCAGCAUGAACAGGCCUGAGGGUCUUCCAGCCAUCAGUGAUGUUGUUCUAGACAAGGCAAAUAAAACUCCUCUUCGUCAGCUUGACCCCAGUCGCCUCCCAGGGAUGAACUGUGGUCCUGAUUUCACUCCCUCCUUUGCCAACCUUGGCAGGCCUGGCAUGGGAGGCGGGAGCAGAGGACCGCCUCCCGGGAUGGGCAUCGGGGUCGGCGGUCCUCGUCGCUCUCAGCAAGUCCAGAGAAAAGAGCCGCGAAAGAUCAUCACCAGCAUGUCGCUCAACGAUGACGUGCAGCUCAACAAGGCUGAAAAAGCUUGGAAACCUUCGAUGAAGAAGCCGACUCGAAGCCGCGUGGCGGCAGAGGAUGUUGAGGAGAACGAUCCUGAACAGAUUAAAACACAGGAGCUGUUCAAACGGGUCCGCAGCAUCCUCAACAAACUCACCCCUCAGAAGUUUCAGCAGCUCAUGGUGCAGGUGCAGGAACUGACUGUUGACACUGAGGAGAGGCUGAAAGGAGUCAUCGACCUCACCUUCGAAAAGGCCAUCUCCGAACCGGACUUUUCAGUGGCCUACGCCAACAUGUGCCGCUGUCUCUCUGGGCUUAAAGUCAUCACCCCAGAUAAACCGGGCUCCACUGUGAAUUUCCGUAAGCUGCUGCUAAACCGGUGUCAGAAGGAGUUUGAGAAGGAUAAGGAUGACGACGAGAUCUUUGAGAAGAAGCAGAGAGAGCUGGAAGCUGCUUCAGGGGAAGAGGAGAAACAGCGACUAACGGAGGAGCUAGAAGAGUCCAAAGACAAGGCCAGGAGGCGCUCCCUGGGCAACAUCAAAUUUAUUGGUGAGUUGUUCAAGCUCAAAAUGCUCACAGAGGUCAUCAUGCACGACUGCAUCGUAAAGCUGCUUAAAAACCACGAUGAGGAGUCCCUGGAGUGCCUCUGCAGACUGUUGUCCACCAUCGGCAAGGACCUAGACUUUGCGAAGGCCAAGCCUCGUAUGGAUCAGUACUUCAACCAGAUGGAGAAGAUAAUAAAGGAGAGGAAGACCACUUCAAGGAUCCGGUUCAUGCUGCAAGAUGUGCUGGACCUUCGACGGAAUAACUGGGUCCCCCGGCGAGGAGACCAGGGCCCAAAGACCAUUGACCAGAUCCACAAAGACGCCGAGCUGGAGGAACACAGAGAGCAGAUGAAGGUGCAGCAAGCCCUCAUCUCAAAGAAGGAAUCCAGUGGAGGGCCAGGAGGUCGAAUGGGCGGAGGCGCUGGAGGUCGGGGUGGUCCUCACACCCCUGGUCGUGGAGCUCCCCCACAAGAUGAGGGCUGGAAUACAGUACCCAUCUCCAAAAACCGGCCCAUUGACACCUCUCGCCUUAGUAAAAUCACUAAGACACCUGUUCUUGACUUCAACAAUCAGUUGCUCGCCCCCGGAGGUAAAGGUACAUGGGGGAGCUGGGGUAAGGGCAGCAGUGGUGGCAGCAGUGCCAAACCUAUGGAUUCUGAGUCAGGAAGCCGUCCAGCCACUCUGAACAGGUUCUCCGCCUUACAGCAGCCGUCAUCGUCGUCUGGAUCUUCACUAGACUCUGACAGAAGAGUCCCUCAGAGAAACAGCUCGAGUCGAGAACGCAGCGACCACUUUGAACGCUCCGAUCGAGGUGUUGACCGCUUUGACCGACGGGACGAGAGACGAGACGACCGACACCGACUGCAGCUCACUAAGCGCAGCUUCAGCCGGGACAAGGAGGAGCGGAGCCGAGAACGAGACCAGAGCGGGUCUUCUGGUUCCAUCCGCCGCGUGGCGAGCAUGACAGACAAGCAAGAUGGAGGCAGCAGAGAGCGAGCCAGGUGCAAAGAGAAAGUGGACCAGGAGCCAGCUGCCGCACCCCCACCUCAGGCCCCCACUAAACCUGCCCUGACUGAGGAAGAGGUGGACAAGAAGUCUACAGCUAUCAUUGAAGAGUACCUCCACAUCAAUGACAUGAAGGAGGCUCUGCAGUGUGUGCGUGAGCUGAACAGCACCGAGCUGCUGUUUGUGUUCGUACGAAACGGGCUGGAGUCGACGCUGGAGCGCAGCACCAUCGUCAGGGAACACAUGGGUCAGCUGCUGCAUCAGCUCAUCAAGACGGGCCUGCUCCCAAAACAGCAGUACUACAAAGGGUUUCAAGCUAUUCUGGAGGUGGCUGAAGACAUGGAGAUCGACAUCCCCCACAUCUUCCUCUACCUGGCUGAGCUGAUCACUCCCAUGCUGCACGAGGGGGGUAUCCCCAUGGGAGAACUGUUCAGGGAGAUUUCAAAGCCUUUGGUUCCUCUGGGCAAAGCUGGAGUCCUGCUGGUCCACAUCCUUACUUUACUCUGCAAAGAAAUGAGCCAUAAAAAGGCUGGCACCGUGUGGCGGGAGGCGGGGCUUCAGUGGACAGACUUCCUGCCUGAGGAUGUAGACAUCAACAAGUUUGUUACGGAAAAGGACGUGGAGUUCACUCUGGGCGAUGAGUCAGAGAGGAGCAGGAAGGAGAUGAGCUCUGCAGAGCUGACCAAACAGCUGGAGCGGCUGAUCCAGGACAAGGCCGACAACCAGAGGAUCUUUGACUGGGUGGAGGCCAACCUGGAUGAGCAGCAGACGUCCUCCAACAUGUUUGUCCGAGCUCUGAUGACCUGCGUCUGCCAGUCAGCUGUCAUCUGUGAGAACCCAUACAAGGUGGACAUCAAGCAGGUCAAGCAGCGGGCCAAGCUGCUGCAGAGAUACCUGAGAGAUGAGCAGAAGGAGCUGCAUGCGCUCUACGCCCUGCAGGCCCUGAUGGUCCAGAUGGAGCAGCCUGCCAAUCUGCUGCGGAUGUUCUUCAAUACCCUCUACGAUGAGGACGUGAUCAAAGAGGACGCCUUCUACAAGUGGGAGUCGAGUAAAGACCCUGCCGAGCAGCAGGGCAAAGGUGUGGCCCUCAAGUCCGUCACCGCCUUCUUCAUGUGGCUCCGCGAGGCCGAGGACGAGUCUGACAACAGCUAGGAGCAGCUGGGACAGUUGGGACGGAACCCUCCGAGCCCACGAAUGUUCUUCGGACAGAAGAGUCCGGACAGACGACAAAAACUGCAUCAACUCAAGAGUAGAGGAACAAUUGAACAUUUGAUCAUCUUUAGUUUUUGUUUGUGGGUCUUUGUACCGACCCGGACAGCAGAAUGUCUUUUUUUAUUUUCAACUACAGAACCAGGAUUUAUAGAAAGAAUUUACGAGAGAAUUCUGGGAGUCGUUCCAAGGUGAGGGAGGCAUUUUAUUCUUUUUUUAAACUUGUUUGCAAAUGGCUUUUCCUCACCAUGGCAACACUAUUCAAGAGUUUCUGCUUCAAAACGGAGAUCGAAUCAAAUCUAAAGCUGUUUGUUCACAUCUCUAUUUUUAUGAUUUCAUACUUUAAUCAUGUGGACGGGAUCCGUCGCAACUCGUGUACAUUUCCUCUACGUGACGCUCUCAUGUAGACGAUUCGCUUUCUGCUGCGGCUUCCCAGUGUUGGCCGAGUGUUUUAUAAUAAAAUAAAAAAACUACAAAGAGGAGCAUUCUGAAAUGCUUGUGGACUUGAGAAGGGGUCCGAGCCCUUUCUGCCUCCCUCCUGUGUCCGUUCCACCCGUUUCCCGAGCUUCAGACAAGAAACGACUGAAACAUGAAGUGCUCACGGCUGCUCCCUCCUCCUGAACCUGUUGGAUGUUUAAAAAAAACUCACCUUGAAACUUGAAUAAAACACAAAGCAUCCACUUUAUUGAGAAAAUACUUUUAGAAACAAAGUUUAGCAGUUCAGACUCUAAGGUGUUUGCUUCCAUGAGAGGAAAUUCAUUUCAAGAGAGUUCUGUAAAUAUUCGAUGGAUAGUUUUUUCCCUCCUCUGAAACAAAGCUGCAGUUUUCCCUGUAUUUAUAUUUUUCUCUCCUCGGCUGGCAGAAGACGCUUGAUGAUCCAACCCGAU